AUGGCAUUCCACCUCAGGUCCGCUAGUGUGCCUUCCAGCCCUUGCUCUGGCGAAACCGACAUCAAAGAACAGCUCCAGAGCCUCAAGGAGAUCAUCUGCUCACCUUCUGCAACCAUGGAAACAAUGUGCAAUGGUUUCAGGAGGCUUACAGAUGUGUACAGCUGCAUGGAUGAGAUCAUUUGCUUGCCCAGCAGCCAAGCUAUCCUUUGCCAGAAUCAGCAGAGGAGAGCAGUGGAGCAAGAGCUGGAGCGGUCUCUCAUCUUGCUUGACCUCUGCAACGCCAUGCAAGAGAGCUUCUCUGAUCUCAAGGCGAUCACCCAGGAGAUGCAGUUGGCCAUCAAGAGAGGUGACGAUGCAGCAAUUCAGUCUUACGCCCGCCUGACCAAGAAGGCACUGAAACAGUUCAGGAAGAUCAACAAGAAGUCUGCUUCAGAAGACCAGGAGUGCUGCAGGGUUGUCAAGCUGUUGGCUGAUGCCAGAGAGAUCGCUCUCUCAGUGCUUGAAUCGACUUUGCAUCUCCUGUCAAAGCAGAUCGCGAUGCCGAGUUCUAGCAAGUGGUCUCUUGUCUCCAAGGCCUUCCAGAAGACGAAGGUUACAUGCAAGGAGGAACAAUUGCAGGCGUUGGAGUUGGACAUUGUUGAUCUCGAGAGCGGAGCCGAGACUUUGUUCAGGAGAUUGAUCCAGAGCAGAGUUUCUCUUUUGAAUGCUCUUAGCUUGUAG